AACCCUGAUAAACUCACCACAUAGUACCGUACGCUUUUAUAACACGUCCUUCGUCAUACUUUACUAUUUAUUUAAAUUUGUAAUAAUUUUCAUUAUAAAUAGUGCUUUUAUAACUUAAUAAGAUUUCAUUUUAUGUAGUUAAUGAUGUCGACUUCAACAGAUACUUUAUCACAAAACUUAAAAAGUGAUGAAAAUGGUGAAUCUAAAUCAAAUGACACUGAACACCUUGAAGGAAAUAAACUCUUGGUUAAAAGAAGAAAUUGCCAAGACGAAUUUGCGCCACCUUCAAAGUCUUUUAAAAAUGAUGAACAUAGUACCGUAGUAGCAGCUCAUUACAAUCAUCUUGAAGAAAAAGGACUAAAGGAAAGGUUCAAAUCUCCCAUAUUUUACGUACGAAAUUUUAAUAACUGGGUAAAAAGUGUGCUCAUUCAGGAGUACACAGAUAAAGUGAGAGAAAAAGACUAUGGUAAACCUAUCAUGGUGCUUGAUAUAUGUUGCGGUAAAGGAGGAGACCUCAGCAAGUGGCAAAAAGCGCGUGUUGAAAAAGUGAUAUUUGCUGAUAUAGCGGAUGUGUCUGUUCAGCAAUGUAAAAUUCGCUAUGAUGAUUUACAUAAAAGAUGUGGCAGACUUUACUCUGCUGAAUUCAUUGCAGCUGAUUGUACAAAAGAGACUCUGAGAGAUAAAUACUCAGACCCAUCAAUAAAUUUUGAUCUUGUAAGCUGUCAGUUUGGACUACAUUAUAGUUUUGAAAGUCUAGGCCAAGCUAGAAGAAUGCUCACUAACAUAACAGAGUGUCUCCGUCCAGGUGGAUAUUUUUUUGGUACUAUUCCAGAUGCAUAUGAAAUUAUUUCCCGAACUAAAAAGUCAGCUGAUGGGUCUUUUGGAAAUAGAAUCUACAAUAUUAAGUUAUUAUUUGAUUCCAAAACAGGUUAUCCAUUGUUUGGUGCAAAAUAUGAUUUCCAUUUAGAGGGAGUAGUAGAUUGUCCUGAGUUCUUAGUUAAUUUCGAACUAUUUGUUAAACUAGCUGCUGAGUAUGGACUUGAAUUAGUAUACAAAGCUAGGUUUUCAGAUUUCUUCAAAGAUCAUUCAGAUAACUAUAAACAGUUACUGCAUAGAAUCAUUUGUUUUGAAAGUUAUCCAGCACCGCCUGGUAAAGAACUCAUUGGAGAUGAGGCAGAAUAUGAGCAUGCAAAACAAUUUUGGGAAAAUAUGGAGAAGAAAAAUGAACAUGAUCAUAUUGGAACAAUGAGUAUGUGUGAAUGGGAAGUAGCCACUAUCUAUAUGGCAUUUGCAUUUAAGAAACAGAAGUCCACUUGGGAUUCAAAUGGAAAACCAGUAUACAAAUUGCCUCAAGAUGAGGAGAAAGCAGAGUGACAACUGAAACUUGACAAAACAUGAUAAUGAAGUAUACUGUACAUAUUCUACAUUGAAUCUUUAUUAUAUGAAUAAAAAAAUGAAUAACUAAUUA